AUGUCUAUUGAGUCAGUGAUGCUAUCUAACCAUCUCAUCCUCUGCCACCCUCUUCUCCUUUUGCCUUCAAUCUUUCCCAGCAUCAGGGUCUUUUCCAAUGAGUUGGGUCUUCGUAUCAUGUGGCCAAAGUACUGGAGCUUCAGCUUCAUCAUCAAUCCUUCCAAUGAAUAUUCAGAGUUGAUUUCCUUUAGGAUUGAUGAGUUCGAUCUCUCUGAAGUCCAAGGGACUCUCAAGAAUGAGUCUCCUCUAGCACCACUGUUCAAAAGCAUCAAUUCUUCAGCACUCAGCCUUCUUUAUGGCCCAGCUCUCACAUCCAUACCUGACUACUGGAAAAAUCAUAGCUUUGACUACAUGGACCUUUGUCAGCAAAAUGAUGUCUCUGCUUUUUAA